CUCUAACUCUAAAACCCUAAUCUCUUCGGCUGGUUUCAGCAAUAUUUUUCGAUUCAAUUAAUUUUUUUCCUUAGAUUAGAAGAAUUCCGAGCUGAAAAUGGGUAGUAAAAAGAGAAGUUCUGAAUCAAGUUCUGAUGAUGAAAUAAUGGAAGAAUCAGAAGAUCUAAUUCUCACUUCAGAUGAUGAUGAUUCUGGUGAUGAACAAGAAGAACCUAAAUCCAUUACUCCAAAACCGAAAAAGAAAUCAUUGGAAACAAAAGAAGAUGUUGCAGAACCAUCACCAGCAGCUCCUGUAUCUGUAAAACCCAUGGAAAGGAGAAAGAAAAGAAAGCAAAUGGAUAAAGAGAGACACAAAACUGAAGAAAAAAAGGUCAAAGUUCCCAAAGUGCAGGCAAACACUGAUGCGGCCGUUGCCUCAUCAUCGAGUUCGAAACCAGUGUUCCAUAUAAGUGUUUUUAAUGAUUUAGCAUCUGUUGGUUCAUCGAUUAGAGAAGCAGCAACUGAAACAUUAGUUACAGAGUUGCGAGAUGUUCAAAAGGAGUAUAAUUUGGUGGACAAGAAAGGGGCUGCUGAUGGUGGUGGUGGUGAUGGGUCUCAAUUAGAAGCUGAAAAGAAAGAUGGGUUGGAUAAUUGUGCUUCUUCUCUGAGAUAUGCUAUUCGACGUCUUAUUCGGGGAGUUUCUUCUUCUAGAGAGUGUGCUAGACAAGGCUUUGCGUUGGGGUUGACUGUUGUUCUUAAAACAAUUUCUGAUAUCAAAUUGGAUGCGUUGAUGAAGUUAAUAAUGGAUAUACUAGAAGUUAAUUCAUCAAUGAAGGGACAGGAAGCAAAGGACUACCUAUUGGGUCGACUCUUUGCUUAUGGUGCUGUUGCAAGAUCAGGACGUGUAGCCGAAGAAUGGAUCUCUAAUAACGAUACACCUUGUGUUAAACAAUUUACUAGCUUGGUUAUCGCUCUUGCUUCUAAGAAACGAUACUUGAGAGAACCAGCUGUCUCUCUGAUUUUGGAUUUAGCUGAAAAGUUGCCUGUUGUAGCAUUGUCUAGUCAUGUUGUUGAAGCGCCAGGCAUGAUGGAGUGGUUCAAACAUGCAAUGGAGGUUGGAAAUCCUGAAGCAUUACUUCUAGCCUUGAAGCUAAGAGAAAAGAUUUCUUCGGACAGUGAUAUAUUCGGUGGACUUUUGCCAAAACCAUUUGGCCCGGACAAGAUGUUUACCGCUGAGCAUCUGAACUCUCUCGUCCCAUGCUUUAAGGAAUCAACCUUUUGUCAGCCUCGAAUUCACAGUCUGUGGCCUGUUUUAAUAAAUGUACUCCUCCCAGAUACAUUAGCACAAGAGGAAGAUGUAACUUCCAGUUCAAGUUCCAGCAAAAAGCAUAAAAAGAGUCGCAAGUCUAGUUCUUCGGAGGAAGAGGUCGUAAAGAAUCUUCGAUGUUUUUGCGAGAUUGUUAUAGAAGGAUCUCUGCUUCUAUCUUCCCAUGAUCGAAAAAACUUGGCUUUCAGUAUUGUGCUACUUCUCUUACCAAGGUUGCCUGCAUCGUGUAUCCAAAUUGUCUUCUCUCAUAAGCUAGUGCACUGUUUGAUGGAUAUCCUCUCAACCCAAAGUGCCUGGCUAUAUAAGAGUGCACAAUGUUUUUUGAAGGAGAUAGCUGAUUGGGUGAAGAAUGAUGAUGAUCGCCGAAUCGCAGUUGUCGUGGCCCUACAGAAACACAGCAAUGGAAGAUUUGAUUGCAUAACCAGAACUAGAACAGUCAAAGAUUUGGUCGGAGAGUUCAAUUCAGAAUCUGGUUGCAUGGUGUUUGUCCAAAAUUUGGUUAGCAUGUUUGUGGAUGAAGGAGCGGCAUCAGAAGAACCUUCGGACCAGAGCCAGACAACAGAUGACAAUUCCGACAUGGGCUCAAUUGAGGAUAGAGAUUCUGCUCUAAUGGGGGACCAAGAUUCUUUAAAGAGUUGGGUUAUAGAUUCUCUUCCUAGGGUUAUCAAGGACCUGACACUAGAUAUGGAGGCAAAGUUUCGGGUGCGGAAAGAGAUACUUAAAUUUCUGGCCAUUCAGGGUUUGUUUUCUGCAUCCCUUGGUUGCGAAGUGACAUCAUUUGAGUUGCAGGAGAAGUUUAAAUGGCCAAAGCUUGCUACAUCGAUUGCUCUGCGCCGGCUGUGUAUAGAGCAGCUGCAGUUGUUACUAGCAAACACUCAGAAAGGAGAAGCCUCAUCCUCCCUGAAAGGAGUAGACUCACCCUCUCCGUUGAGUAUCUCUGAGCCAAAUGACUUGGGUUUAUACUUCAUGCGGUUCCUCAGUACACUAUGCAAUAUCCCUUCUAUUUCAAUCUUUAGGCCCUUAAAUGAAGAGGAUGGCAAAGCAUUCAAGAAAUUGCAGGAAAUGGAAACUCACCUUUCUCAAGAGGUAAAAAAUGCCGGUCGCAGAAAAGAUGCAGAUAAACUUCAUGCUCUGCGUUACUUGCUCAUACAGUUGUUGCUCCAAGUACUUCUACGACCUGAGGAGUUCUCUGAAGCUGCCUUUCAACUCGUUAUCUGUUGCCAGAAAUUAUAUCCUUCUCCUGAUUUUCUUGAGUCGGGAGAGGACGCUGUUAUGGAUGAUAGCGAGACUGCAGAACCAGAAUUGUUUGAUGUUCUAGUGGAUGCGCUUCUGUCUUUAUUACCUCAAUCCUCUCCUCCUUUGCGUUUGGCUGUUGAGCAGGUUUUCAAGCACUGUUGCAAUGACAUUACAGAAGCCGGUCUUCUUCGGAUGUUACAGGUAAUAAGGAAAGAUCUCAAACCUGCCAGGCAUCAGGCAGCAGACAGUGACGAUGAGGAUGAUGAUGAUGAGGAGGGAGACUUCUUAAAUAUUGAAGAAUCAGAGGAUGAUGAUGAAGAUGAGGUAGAAGAGACUGUUGACAGUGAUGACUCUGCUGAUGACUCCGAAGUAGCGGCCCGAAUUAAGGCAGCUGCUAGUAAAGAAUUAGCUGAUAACUCCGAUGAUUCUGAUAGCGGGAUGGAUGAUGAUGCAAUGUUUCGGAUGGACUCGUAUCUUGUUAAAAUUUUCAAGGAGAAGAAGAAUCAGCUCGCUGGCGGUGAAACUGCUAAGUCCCAGCUUGUGUCAUUCAAACUUCGUGUCCUCUCGUUGCUUGAAAUUUACCUGCAUGAAAAUCCAGGUAAUCCCCAGGUUGUGAAAGUUUACUCAUACUUAGCCCGGGCAUUUGUGAGCCCACAUUCUAGCCAUGGUAACGAUCAGCUUGAUCAGAGGAUAUGGGGAAUUCUGCAGAAGAAAAUUUUAAAGUCAAAGGAAUAUCCAAAAGGUGAAAAUAUUCAGUUCUCUAUUUUAGAAUCUUUAUUGAGUGGAAGUUUGAGAUUGGCAGCGAAACUAUUCAAGAAGAAGAAUUCUUCCGUGGAUGUGUCAACGAAAAAGCAAGAGGCUUCUUUAGCCAGACACAAAAUGGUUACAUCUCUUUCUCAACAGGCGACCUUUUGGCUUUUGAAAAUCAUUCAUGCGGGAAAUUAUUCCAAGUCUGAACUGGAAAGGGUUGUAGAACUUUUCCAGCAUGUAUUCAUGGAGUACUUGGAUUCUAAAAAGUCCGGAUUGAAACCUGAUUUCGUAAAAGAGGUUUUCCAAAGGCAUACGUGGCUUGGGCAUAAACUCUUCAAAUUCAUCUUAGAGAAAUGUGUAGGUGCGAAAUCGGAGUUCAGGCAAGCCCAAGCACUCGAGGUGUUUGCUGUAAUUUUGAAGUCGCUGGUUUCCAGAAAGGAUGGGGAGUAUGAGAGUCCUCUGGCGGAAGACUUGAUAGCUCAAAUGCCAUUAUUAGCAGAAUUGAUUUGGAAGCUGAUUACCAAUAUGCCAAAAAAGCAGUCUUGGAGAGCUCAAGUUCGUCGUUCUUGUGCCAAGAUAUUCAAGGUAAUUUCGAUGCUUAAUGCGAUAAAGGAGUUUCUAAAAGCUCUAAGCAAAGAAGCUACAGAUGCUAGUGAAUCUCAUCUUAAAUUGAUGAAUGAUUUUCUCAAAGUUCAAAGCUGUGAAAACUCGGAGGCUUGCGAGUAUCAGCUUAAUUUGAUCAAGUAUUAUCUCAAAGAAAAAGAAUAUUCUCAAAGCAAAGAAGCCUCUGGUGCUCCUGAAUCUCAGCCUAAUUUGAUCAAGGAGGUUCUCAAAGUUUUAACCAAGAAAGCCUCUGAUUGGCAAUCUCGGCCUGGAGAGUUAUUUCUCUCUCUGAAGGAACUUCAAGCAAAAGUGAAAGAGGCUUCGAAGGAACUGAAACCAAAACCGAAAAAGGUAAAAAAGGUUAAAGAGCAUAAAAAAAAUGCUGGUAGUACUACCAGUGCUGCUAAGUGAGCAUUCAGUCCCUUUCUGUUAAUGCUUCUUGAAAAUUUUGUUGUUAUUUUCUUCCCAAAUUGAAAGUUGCAAGUAAAGAGCUACUUUGAUUUAUUAAACCUUGUCCACUGGAAAGAUAAUAUUUGGUAAGCUUACUGCUUUAUAGUGCUUGGAAACUAGUUCCAUAAUAUUAGUUGUAGUGCUAUAUGGUUUGCCUCUUUGUAACUUCAAUCUGUUGCUGAAUCAUUUUUCUUAACAGUUAUUUGUUAAUUUCUUGGAACUGUGAGAGUACGAUAUAUGUUCAGAAAUGAAAUGUUUCUCUUGUUACUA